GCGCGAGACCAGGAGAAUCGUUGAAGAGCAUUCCGCCAUAUUUCCACUCGUGCGACCGUCUUCGUUGGUUUCUCUAUCUUUUUUGAUCGCAACUAACGACAUCCCGAGGUAAAAAGAAUAGCCAAAAAAAAGACCCCCUAAACUUAAAUUUCUUCAGUACUUGAUAUAUAUAUAUAUAUAUAUAUUUGUGUUGCUUAAACUCUUCAGGAUGAGCCAGUACAUCCAAGUUGCUGAAGAUGAGAACGACGAACCGAUCGAAGUCCCAACCGAAGAAGAUGGGGCAUUGCUGCUCACCACUCUGGUCGCUCAGUUCCCCGGAGCCUGCGGCCUCAAAUAUCGAAACCCCGAAACAUGUGGCAUGCGCGGGGUCCGGCUCACCGACGGCCGUCUUCACCCGCCAGAUGAGGGAUGGGGAAACCUUGUCUAUAUCUCCGUAUUCCCUAAAGUGGCUCUUACAAGCAUUGAGAUAAACCAUGGGGAAACUUGUGAAAGACAACUCGAUAACAAGCGUAAAGGGGAUGAUGGCUUAGAAAAUCCUACUGCUAAAACUAAACGUCUUGAUAUGCAGAAGUGUAGUGACUUGAUAGUGCUUGGUUUGCCAUGGAAAAGUACAGAAGAGGACUUGAGGAAUUACUUCUCUCAGUAUGGAGAACUUCUAAUGGUGCAGGUGAAGAAAGACCUUAAAAGUGGCCAGUCCAAGGGAUUUGGCUUUGUUCGUUUUGUUGAUUAUGAGGCUCAGUUGAAAUGCAUUUCCCAACGGCACAUGAUUGAUGGAAGAUGGUGUGAUGUCAGAAUCCCAAAUUCAAAGGAUGGAGGUCAACAAACGAUGAAUCGCAAAGUUUUCAUUGGUCGAUGCACUGAAGAUAUGACCGCCGAUGAUCUGCGUAGCCACUUUGGCAAAUUUGGAGAGGUCAUUGAUGUUUUCAUUCCCAAGCCUUUUCGAGCUUUUGCAUUUGUAACUUUCUCUAAUCCAGAAGUCGCUCAAAGUCUUUGUGGGGAGGACCAUAUUGUUAAGGGAAUCAGUGUCCAUAUCAGUAGCGCAGUCCCAAAAAACUACGACAAGUUUGGAGAUAAGAAAGGUCAAAAUCAAGUUCAGCCUCCGUAUAACCAGGGAUAUGGUCAAGGUGGUUGGGGACAGGGAAACCAACGUGGAGGUCAAAAUAUGGGCAGUAAUAUGAAUAAUAUGGGGGGAUUGAACUUGAGUGCUUUCCAGUUGAACCCUGCAAUGCUGGCUGCUGCUCAGGCCAUGCUUAGUAGCCAAGGUGGAUGGGGCCCUUUAGGGCUUGGCCAAGGAGCAGGUGAUACCUCAAACCAAAACAGCAAUCAGAGCUUAAGUAGUUUUAAUACUAGUGGUCAAGGUGCUAAUAACAAUAGCUUCCUUGGUUGGGGUGGCCAGACCUCAGACAGCGGCUCAGCACAGGCAGGUGGCUGGGGUCAGCAUAGCAAACCAGGUGGUGGUUGGAACUGAAGGACAAUUUGUUUUAAAAUGAAGUGUUGGAGGUAUGCAGAUUUCAGUAUUUAAUCAUGAUGUUCCAGAUAAACUUAUUUUUAAAGAAAGCCCCUCCCACUCCCAACCAGAAAAGUGAAAAAAGCAAAAAAAAAAUCAAAAAAAAAAAAAAGCAACCAACCCUAAAUCUCCAAGUUCCAACUCCUGUGCUUAGUGCUGCAAGUGUUAGAUGUGAGAGUUCCUUCCACCCCAUUAUGAUUAUUAUUUUCUCUUCAUUGGCUCCAUUUAAUGUGUGGUUUCUGCUGUGGAUCAUUAUAGCAGCAGUGACAAGUGGGAACACUACUCAUCGUAUAUCCAGCGUCAUUUGGCUGAGUGCAUGACAUUGAGUGUAUUCGACAGACUUGAUGAGAUAGAUUCACCGGAUUAUCUGAUGCUGAUGAACACGGAAUGGCUGUCUUAGGGUGUGUCUCUUAAUGUCUGCAGUAUGGUUGAAUGCCGUUUGUAUAAGGAAAUAAAUAUGACGUGUAUGCUUGCACUGUUGUUGUGUGUGAGAUCAUUUGCUAGUUUGUAUAGCUGUUACUGUAAUGUGUUUGCCUGACGGACGAAUGGAGGAGAGCAGGUCAAGAUGGAGGCACAAUGUGUCUGGUGUCGAAGUUGGCUUGGACGAGGAAAACAAAACAGAAAAACAAAACCCUAAAAUGAAAGUAUGUAUAGUACUUACUGUAUUCAAUAGCUGUGCCAAACCCUUAUUCUAUUUAUUACUUUGGAAUUGCUAGAUUUCAUCAUUAACAUUUUCCUCCCUCCCACUUUGCGAUCAAACUGUAAAAAAUCUUCCCUUAUUGCUAACUUCUGUCAUUAACCCAAGAGAUCAUAGUGGUAUAAGGAUUAAAUUAUUCAGUUUGAUUUUUUACUAGAAUGAUUACCAUUAUAUAUGGUCCUUUUUAUCAGUUCCUUAAGAAAUAAGUGUGUGUAUAUAAUAGGUUUGUGUGUCUAUCCCCUGCACCGUAUUUAAGUCAGUUUUAUAUCCACCGAAGUGAAACUGGGAUGGAUUUAAAUUACUUACAUACGACACACACACAUAAGUUUAUGUAACACACUUGGUUAUUGUGAAAUUUGCAUAAAUUUUAGUUCUGCUGAAUAGAGUAGGAUUUAUAUAAAGUAAAUAUGGAUUUAUAUAAAGUAAGUCAAUUUAUAAUGAAUUAGAAAUUUCUGUGAUUAUUAUUGGUUCCUUAGUUCUACAGAAUCCAGUAAUUGUCAUUGGUUAUGCGUGUGUUGCCACUGACUCCACAGCAAAUGAAAUAUCAAAGCAAAAUACAUGCAAUAGCAGAAUGAUUAAUGUAUAAGAUAAAUGCUUAUGCAAGUUUAACCACUUACUUGACUAUACUCUGAAAAUAUCUAUGUACUGAAUUUAUGAUAUUAGGGUGUUAAUCAAUUUUAUGUUAAACCCUAAUAUAGAAGUACCCCCAAUAUAAUGUGUAGGAACUGUUGAAUUUAUAAGCUAAUGUAAAGUUUGUAAUGAACUUCAUAGAGGUAAGACUAACCUAAUGUGAUAUCUCAAUUCACGAGAAAGGUUGUACUGAGUUUUACUUGCACAACUUAUAUACACAUGCACACACACACACACACACAUAUAGCUAAGGUUCAGAUGAGUUUCUUAGUGUUAAAUAUUUUCAUUUGAAAGAGUAUCACCAGUAAAAAAAAAAAAAAAUACUUGCUCCACUCUGAAUAUGCAUAUGUAGCUAUCUUGUGCCAGUCAAUGCAGCCAAAAGUUUAUAAAUCUUAAUAUUUAAAAUUUGUCACAGCAGGAAUCCUAUACCUGAGUUAGGAUUUGUUAGGGUAACCUGAGGCUACCUAACUUUUCCCUUUUCUACCAUGGCAUAUGGCAGCACUCCGCAAAGUAUGAAUUGUGAGUUUGGUGAAGUGGCUGACAAAUGAAACUAGUUUUUACAUGGCGUUCACUCAGGUGAAAGCAGAAGGUGGUUCUGUGUAGAAUAUCUGGCUUGUAACUGUUUGUGGAAUAAGUGUUAGUCAAUGACUUAACUACUAGAUCUUUUUAAACACUAUUACAAGUUUUGUUUGAGUGAAGAUGAAGUCAUUGUGUUUUAUGUGUGCAAAUAUAACAAAUGUUAAGUUGCUUUAUUAAAUUUGAAUCAAUUUAGUACUAAAUUAAAUUGCCACUAUGGUCCCUUUUAGCUUAGUAAGUUUGCAGUUGAAAAGUAACUCUUGGAUAAUGGGGAUUUAGUAAGCAUAAGCUUUUAUUGAUAUUAUCUUUUGCCAAUUCCUCUUCCAUUGAUAUGUCAGGUAAACACACUCACAGGUAAGUCACUUUGGUCAUUGGCCUUGGAAAAGUUGCCAUUGAUCUUUCUGCUCUCCCCAAAGCACUAGACAUUUAUUGUACUAAUGAUUUGGGUUGUAUAUUUUAUUUUAUGUUGUUUCAACACUGCCAGGACAGAAACCAGGAAGUUCAACAGCAAGUCUUAAUUUUAGAAUUGACAACAAUUAUAAAAGAGAGUAACUAAUGAAGUAGAGAAGGUGAUUCUAAUCGUAAAAGAAAGUUUCCUUUCUAUUAAUUAGAUGUAAUUAAUUUGAUACAAAAUAAGCUGAUCACUAUAUGAAGUAUAGCAUAGAGCUAACAAAGCAACUGAAUAAUUGAUUGAUAUUAACAGCUAUUGACUGUUCAGUUAUGUUUAAAGGACUAGGAAAGCUGAUUUUGUAGCAGUGUUUCAUCUUAGCUUUGUUCAGAACAAGUUGCUCCUUACAUGUAAAUGUGGAAAAUUUGAAAGCCAGAUGGAGGAAGUCUAUGCUUGUAGAGUUUUUCCAUUGUCAGUGUUGGAGACGUUUGCAGGCAGUUACGUAACCUCACAAGCUGUGUUUCUCAGAAUAAGGUUUGUAUUUCAAAAUUUCCUUGCAUGUUUUUAAUUUUCCUGUUUCCUUAUUACACACAAAAUUCAGGUAGGUUUGCUUUGCAUCCAAUAGAUUAGUGCUUGGAGCAACUAGAGAAGAACACGAGCACCUGUGUUGGACUGGAAACUAAGAAGUUUCGCUUUGCUUGCACAUAAUUUCAGCAUGACGGGGUUUGGGUCAAGCCACCUAUUAUUUAUUGCUUUUUAGUAGACCACAUAAUCGCUGAUAAAAUCUCGAUUGCAUGUAAGAAUUUACAGGCUAAUCUGUAUUGGCCACUGCUUCUAAAGUACUCUAAAGAUCCCAAUGUUAAGACACUAACAAGGCUCCAAGUCAAAUUUGCUGUUGGUGCAUGCACUUCGUUUUCGCUUGUUUAUCACUCAGGAGCACUCUUCACAGGGGUUUACAGACCCUAAUUGGUCCUCUGCAUAAGAAUAACUAAUAACCAUAGCAACAAGCAUUUUAAAUGAGACCGAUCAAAACUUAAUCCUUAUCUCAACUUUUACAAGGUGAAAGCCAUUUAAGCGUUAAGAAAUGCCAGUCACUUGGCUGAUGAUGCAUUGCUUAUUGGUAAGUUGUACAAGGUGAGUAUCCAUGUGGUGGGGGGAGUUUUCAACUCAAAACAUCUCCUGGAAUCUUUUGGUGGAGAAAGCGGGAGAAAAUGGACGUGUCAUAUUUUAAAUAAAUGACGUUUAAUUUUUUUGCAGUAA